AUGAACGGUACUCUUUCUACGCUGAACAAAAGUGCUUCAUGGUCAACAACAGUAUUACAGGAACACGGCUCAUCGAACUUGACAAAUGGAAUAACUGCGACAAUAGUUUUGCUUGUGAUUCUAAUGGUAGUCGGAAUUCUGGGAAACAUUCACGUUUUGGUUGUUUUUGGUCUUCAUUUCCAGAAGAGUUCCACCUAUGUGACGUUUGUGUUUGCUUUGGCAGUUAUAAACUUCCUAAUGUGCAGUAUAGAAAUUCCUUUUGAAAUUUUGGAUCUACUUUAUCCAUAUGGCCUAUUCAAUGCAUGGCUUUGUAAAUUCUUCAGAUCAUCUAAUGCUACGUUAUCGAUGAGUUCCGUCUUUAUUUUGCUUUUAAUUUCAAUUGAUAGAUAUAAACGAGUUUGUAGCCCAUUGAAAAUUCAGUGGUCCAUAAAGAAAUCAAGAAUACUUAUUGCGAUAACAGUCUUUGGAGCGUUUGUUUUAUCGGUUCCAGUUGUUUUUAUUUUCGGUCUUCAUACGACAGAGAUUUCCUCAGGAGAGCUUGUACAGAAAUGCUUUUUUGAUGAUAAAGUGAAAGGGAGUAUGUAUCCCUUGCUGUACUUAGUCUUUCUACAGAUUGCAACCGUGGUUUCGAUUGGUAUUCUUGCAUUCACUUAUAUUUCUAUUGGACUAACUAUCAGAAAACAUGCCAGAAAGCGGGCGAAAAUGACGUAUUACGCGAAGGAUCCAAAGGAGAAGAGACUGAAUAUUGGAAAUUCAAAAUGCUGUGGAAAUCAUUCAGCAAACCUCAAAACGGAUAUUGUUAAUUCUGGUCAAGUUUUUGUUAUCGGUUUAAACUAUAGAAACCAAAAGUUGACCAAUGACUGGGUACAAAAGGUCAGUACUUCGAAUACUUCUGUGUCCGACAUAAUUAUUUCUGUGAAAAAUAAAAUAAAGACUAAAAGCGCCGAGAAGGGUAAACAGCAGGGCGAGAAUGACAUAUUCAAACGUGCCGUUUCUACUGAACAUGAUCAGGCAAAGAAAAAUUCCAAGGUGUUUUUCUUGGUCACCUUGGUGUUUAUUGUUAUGUAUACGCCUUAUAUGAUUCUUGGAGUAUUUCUGGCCGUGGAAGAGGACUUUCGUGAAAAUAUGAAUGAUGUAGAAAUUACAUUUUAUCGUUUAGCCAUGAGAUUUGUAUACAUUAAUGAUGUUGUGAAUUGUUUCAUUUAUGGUAUUCUCGACCACCGAUUUAAAACUUGUGUUUUCCGAUUUUAUAAACGAAUUUUUACACUAUGUAAAAGUUAA